AUGAUUCUGACGUUUCUGUUGACGUUAGUCCCGCUCGCCUCAGCGGAAAUUUGGUGCUAUUCUUGUGUCAGCACCCAGCCCGGCUGUCGCGAAGGAGUCAACUGGUACUAUCAUCAUGCAAUAACUUGUCCGAGAGAGGAUGACAAAUGUGUCAAAAUCGUCGAAAGAAAAGGAGAUGAGGUCCUUUAUACCCGCGAUUGUCUCUCUAAUUUGGAGGCGUUCCGUCACGACAUCCCGGCUGAUACAUACGAAGGAUGCCGACCAGCCGCCGAAGCCCCUAAGCUAGCGGUCUACGUCGAGAACAACAUCAAGGAAUGGGAAUUAAGGAGAGACUAUUACGAUAGAGUGGACUACUGCUUUUGUGAGUUCUGGCAUUGGUGCAAUUCGGCCUCCUCAGCGCGGUUCAACGCAGCACUCGCAAUGAUGCUGAUCUUGUGUACAUUGUGGAGUACAAAAUCAUGAAGGAUGUCGUCGGACUGCUAAGGGACGUCACAACAGCGGUAGCUAUGUAAAGUGUCAAUUGACAGAAUAUUUACUGUUCAUCGGAAAACUGCCCAUGGAAGAAGAACUGUUU